GAAUUGGGAGCCAGCCAGUCUGCUGCAAUGCAUUGUUAUUAACAUUCUACUCAGUGAUACUGAGGAAACUACAGGCUUUACCUGCAUCCUCCUUUGACCAAACAAACCGAUACUGAAUUUAAUAGUUUCUGCGCUAAAAUGUUUUAAAGGUAAGAGUGCACACGGGGAUAUACUUGGAUGCUUGUUAGAACUCUUUGAGCUGUUAAUGAUUGACUGAACAAUGAACCGUUCUCUAAUCCCCGUUCUACUGGUGGGAUGCAUGGAGCUUUUUGUCCCGUGUCUUGGUGUCGCCCCCAAAAGAACGACCUGCUUGGUGGAGAACGGCAGAGCCGACUGCAGCCAUUUGGGCUUGAGAGAAAUCCCAUCCGACCUCCCAAGAAACAUCACCAGCCUGGAUGUGGCGCACAACCAGCUGAAGACACCUACCCUAGCGACUCUGGCACUCUUCCCAGCACUUAGACACCUAGACGUGGGAUACAACAGCAUUACUAGUCUGGAUGCAGGCUUGUGCAAGAACCUCCCCUUUCUUCAGAACCUCAGCAUCCAACACAACGUGGUUUACAUACUACAGGAGAAAGACCUGAAGUUAUGCUCCAAUUUGACCCACCUAAACCUUGCUGACAACAAGUUAAAGCUCAAAGGCGAACCUUUUGUUGCCCUCCAGAGGUUGACGUGGUUGGAUGUGUCUAAAAAUGGCUUGGCCUCUGUGAGGUUGGGAAAUCAACCUCAGAUGGAGAACCUAGUGACCCUUGCAUUUUCGGGGAACAAUAUCACGACCUUAGGGAAGGACGACUUUUCCUUUCUCAAAAACUCUUCCUUACAGGUCCUCAAGCUUUUGAAUUUGCCAUCUCUACAAAAGAUUGAAUCAGGUUGCUUCAAACCAAUCUCUGGCCUGAGAGCCCUGUUGCUGGACAACAGUAAACUCACUCCCCAGGUGACCUCCAUGUUGUGUGAUGAGCUCUCUGGGACAGCCCUGAGGAACCUCUCGCUCCAGAACACUCAGCAACACUCACUCACUAAUACCACCUUCACUGGGCUCCGCUCCACAAACCUGACCAGGUUGGAUCUGGGCAGAAACAACAUGGCUCAUAUUGAGAAUGGAUCAUUCCAAGGGCUCACUCAUCUGGACUCUCUUUCUCUAGAGCUGAACAACCUGAAGGCUUUGAACAAUGGGACGUUCCAGGGGUUGGAGAACCUUCGGUGGCUAAAUCUAUGGAGUGCAGUGAAGGGAAAUGUGGAGAAUUAUUCCUUUGAGCCAUUGAGAAAGCUUGAGUAUCUCAACAUGGGGAAAACAUCCAUGAAAGAUUUUAAGGAAUUCACUUUCUCUGGUCUGCACAGUCUAAAAUUCUUGGAUCUGAGCCAGAGCACGUCAGUGAUAAAAACGAUCACUGACAGGACGUUUAUCUCUCUGGCGGGGACCCCCCUGAAGACAUUAAACCUAACCUAUAUGGCACUCCAGCGCCUAAACCCAGGUGCCUUCUCUCACCUGGGCAACCUUACCACUCUCCUGCUUGCACGGAACUUCAUUAGCCAGACAUUGUCAGGGUUGGAAUUUGAAGGUCUUCACCAGGUUGAAGAAAUUGAUUUUUUUCUCAAUUCGCAAAAGAUUAGCCUGACCCCUGAAUCUUUUAUCCAUGUGCCCACACUGAAGGUUCUUCUUUUGGGACGGGCUCUCAAUGGUACAUUGAAUCUCGAACCAUCACCUUUCCGGCCACUGGUUAACCUCACUUGGCUGGACCUCAGCAACAACAAUAUUGCCAACAUCAAUGAAGGCUUACUGGAGGGACUGAGCCAUCUUAAGGUCCUGACACUACAGCAUAACAACCUGGCUCGGCUUUGGAAGGAUGCAAACCCGGGUGGUCCUGUGCUUUUCCUAAAGGGCUUACAUAGCCUUACCAACCUCCAGAUGGACUCAAAUGGCCUUGAUGAGCUUCCAAGGGAUGCCUUUCAGGGUUUAACCAACCUUAGUCAGCUCAGUCUUAGUGGGAAUCUCCUUGACAAACUACACGAAUCUGUAUUUGAUGAUCUGAAAUCUUUACGUGUCCUUCAGAUGGAGAAGAACCUGGUGACAUCAGUGCCAAAGCAGGUCUUCCAGUCUGCACUUGCAAACCUAAGUGAACUGCGCAUGGAGCGCAACCCUUUUGACUGCACUUGUGAGAGCAUCCUGUGGUUCGUCGAGUGGCUGAACUCCACCAACACCAGCGUCCCAGGCCUCCAAGGGGAUUAUAUCUGCAACACACCACCCGCUUACUACAAAGAUUCUGUCAUGGCCUUUGAACCUCUCUCUUGCAAGGAUAUGUCACCCUUCCAGGCUCUUUAUGUUCUGAGCAGCACUGCUGUUCUGACUUUGCUGUUCACUGCCUUCCUGGUGCAUUUCCAGGGCUGGCGCAUCCAGUUCUACUGGAGCAUCCUGGUCAACCGCACCUUGGGCUUCAGGGAGGAUGCUGUGGUGGAAGGGAGAUAUGAAUAUGAUGGCUACAUCAUACAUGCGCCAACAGAUGCAGGUUGGGUGGAGCGGCAGCUACUCCCUUUGGAGAAUGAACAUUUUUCAUUCUUUCACGAGGAUCGGGAUGCUGAACCUGGCCGCUCACAGCUAGAAACCAUUGUGGAAAACAUGAGAAGAUCCAGGAAAAUCAUAUUUGUCGUCACCGAGAAACUCCUGGAGGAUCCUUGGUGUCGACAGUUCAAGGCUCACCACGCUAUGCACCAGCUGAUGGAGGACAGCCGUGACUCGCUGGUGCUGGUGCUUCUGCAAGAGGUGCAGGACCACCAGCUGUCGCAGGCCCUGCUGCUGCGGCGCUCCAUGCUGAAGCCCCGCUGCGUGCUGCACUGGCCCCUGCAGAGGGAGCGCAUACCUGCCUUCCACCAGCAGCUGCGGCUGGCGCUGGCCACCAGCAACCGGGUGUCUGGCUCCAGGUGGCUUGGUUGACAUCUUAGGUCACCGCCGUGUGGUUCUCAGAGUAGGCCUGCAAUUAUGGAUGACUCGUUCUCAGUAGGUGUGGAAGCUGUUUAUCUGGUUGACACCAGAAAUGUGAUGGCUGUUUUGCAGGUCCAGAGUUAUCAUUAACAUAGAAUGUGUUCUGGGGGCCUGCAUUUUAUUAUUUUUUAUUUGACCGGGGUAGUGCUGCACAAUAGAUAUGACUUUUUUUCCAUGUGUAUUCUCUUGGCAGUUGGAAAAGCUUUCAUGAUUUGCACAUUAAAGCCAUUUUAAAUCCAGUGCAAUGACAUUAUGGGUUAUGGUACAUUAUUAUUCUUGUAAACUUCAAUUCAAAUAACGUUAACUUGCAUUCUCAAUAGUACAAUAGAUGAUACAUGGUACAGUUGUACUGUAUCUCAAGGAAAUGUUUGGAUUAAUGCAUGGUUUUUUGGUAAAGGUGUUGUGCUUCCAUUGACAGGGUGUGUAAUGAAGUGGCAUUGCCAGUCUGGUUUCAUUUCUUCAAUCAGAACUCCAACUACGAAACCAGACAACACAACCAGUCACUGCAGCUCGAAUGGAAAUUCUAAUGAUAUCAGUAACUUGCGCAUGGAGCCAAAAGUAUACUCAAAAUAAAAUGGAUUGCCCACUCAGGAGAGCCUUUUAAAGCUUUACUUACAAUAAUACAAUAAAUAUAGGAUACACAGCUUAUAGGAUGCCUUUUUGAGCGUUUCCAUGUACUUUUACUUGAAGACAACAUUUGUGGCUUUUUUUUUGUUUCUCUAAUACUACCAGCAUCUCUACAGGGUUCUUAUGUGGGUCAAGAAAAUAAAAUGUAUUGUGAAUGUGCAUGUCAUAUUUCAGUCAUUCUCUGCUUUAAAAGAUAAAUCAGUCGAGGACAGCUUUCCCCUCUCUCCCCCCUUACAAUACUCUGAUGUUGAUGAUAAUAACUAACUUAAACAAGUACAUAUGACAAAUCAAUUUAAUGUUGCAAUAUUGCAACAGUAUUAUGUUUGCAUUGACAAUCCACAGUAACCUUGGCCAUUACUUGAAUCCCUCCCUUUGUGCUGUAUUAUUGGUGUCAUUUCUUGUUUGUUAUUUUGUUACGGAUAUUAAACAUGUUCUGUUAAGAA